GUACUUUGUGUGGUCAUACUUGGUGUGGUAGUUCUCUCAAGAAAAAUGGCAAACAUGGGUUACAUCCCUUUGGUAUUUUUUUUUGUUGGUUGCCUAGCAGUAGACCCACCUGUAUACAAGGACACAUACAGGGUAGAAGGCGUCAUGCGUUUUCCUUACCCUGAAAUUACGGAGCCUUUCGUAGCUUUUUUUGAUGCACCAAACUCACGUUCGAGAGUGGAUUACUAUAAUGGGACCCAGAGGACUAUCCAGUUUAGCGAGGCCCCAGGACUUCUCUAUGGUACAAGUUUUUUGAUCGUCCCAGUGACCAACCUAAAGGUGUAUAAUCAAAUAUCAUGUUUACAAAACAAUGGAACACAGGCUAUCCCGAUAUAUCUGAAUAACGUGUUGCCGGAUCUAAGUGACUAUGUCUUUAUUGGUAAAGAAAUGAUCGGCACUCGGCUGGCUAAUAAGUACCAGAUGCCAUGGAUUGAAGGGACACGCAGCACAUUCUGGGCAGACGCUACCGACCUGUCACCCAUACGGCUUGAACAAUGUGGUGUCGACAGAUAUUACGUGGACUACACUAAAUGGGAAUCACCGGCUGUGUUUACGGAUAAAGACUUUGCUGUUCCUGACAACCUGACCUGUACCCCACUUUAUAACACUUGUGCUGAACAGCAUAUUAUGAUGAACCCCAUCCGCGAAUAUAUUCACAACUAUGACGACCACGUUCACGAGGCUUUUGAACGCUUCAAGAAGACCCACAACAAGGUGUACAAAGACGACGAGGAACAUGAGACACGGAAACAGAUAUUCAGGAAGAAUCUCAGAUUUAUCAACUCCAAGAACCGCGCCGGUCUGACCUACACGCUGGCCGUGAACCAUCUGGCCGACAGGUCUGAGAAAGAGAUGAAAGUCAUGAGAGGGUUCCGCUACACCCAUGGUGACCAUGGGGGCAAGAAGUUCAGCCUGAUGGCCAUGGACAAACAGGAUGUGCCUGACCAGUGGGACUGGAGACUCCAAGGUGCCGUUACGCCCGUGAAAGACCAAGCCCAUUGUGGUUCUUGCUGGAGUUUUUCAGCCACUGGCGCCAUGGAAGGGGCUUAUUUCUUAAAGAACGGGCACCUGGAACGUCUGUCUGAGCAACAACUUGUCGACUGUUCCUGGGGUUUUAAUAACUUUGGCUGCAAUGGUGGUUAUCAGACGGCAGCAUUCAAUUACACCAUUCAAAACGGCGGUAUCGCUAACGAGGAACAGUAUGGGCAUUACUUGGCUAUUGACGGGUUCUGUCGCAGUAGGGUUGUCCAACCCGUUGUCCAGCUGGCUAACUUUACAACCUUACCUGAGGGUGACCUAGGGGCAUUGAAAUUGGCCAUAUUCAACAAAGGGCCUGUCUCAGUUACCAUCGACGCAAAUCACCAUUCAUUCUUUUUCUAUGCUAAUGGUGUUUAUUAUGAGCCAACUUGUAAGAAUGGACUAUAUGACCUUGACCACGCAGUGCUGGCAGUGGGCUAUGGCACCAUGAAUGGACAAGACUACUGGCUAGUGAAGAACUCCUGGUCAACAUAUUGGGGCAACGACGGCUACAUCCUCAUGUCACAAAAAGACAACAACUGCGGAGUCGCUACCUAUGCCUCUUUUGUCGAAAUCAAAUAAAGGUCUACACGAUUACACUUUCCCGUUAUUGCUUGACAUCAAAUAAAGUUUUACAAUUUCAACAUGCUUACAAUUUCACGUGAUUACUUGACAUCAAAUAAAGUUUUACAAACAAUUUCAACAUGCUUACAAUUUCCCGUUAUUACUUGACAUCAAAUAAAGUUUUACAAAAAAAUUCAACAUGCUUACAAUUUCCCGUUAUUACUUGACAUCAAAUAAAGUUUUACAAAAAAAUUCAACAUGCUUACAAUUUCCCGUUAUUACUUGACAUCAAAUAAAGUUUU